UGGAUUGAUCUGUCUGUGACUGCUAUAGACAAAAAACAUUGUAAACGUCAAAAAUACUGAAAACAGGUAGGUAUUUUCAUUUCGAAAUGUCUUCACCACGCCCAAAAUCACCUCGUACUCCUGUGCUUCCCAAAAAAGAGGAAAAAGAGUCCUUUUGGGACAAAAUUGGUACAAUAGGGCGCAAAAAAGGGAUUAAAGAAGUUCAAGAUGUACAAGCUGAAGGGAAAUAUGCUAUUGAUUCUCCAGGCAGUCCAACCGCACCAGAGAUUCCCCCUGAAGAAUAUACUUUGAAUGAGAACGAAGAAAGGGCUAUUAUCGAACCUCGAUCACUUGAAGAUCCAAGGGUCAGAGAUCUGAUUCAAGUCUUGAUUGACUGGAUCAACGAUGAACUAGCUUCACAGAGAAUAAUCGUCCAGGACAUCAUCGAAGAUCUUUAUGACGGUCAAGUGCUUCAAAAACUUUUAGAACAAUUAACAAAGACGAAACUUGAUGUACCUGAAGUAACUCAAUCAGAAGAAGGACAGCGCCAGAAAUUGACUAUAGUUUUACGGGCUGUUAAUCGAGUCUUGUACGGUACAUCAAAACCAGUACCAAAAUGGAGUGUGGAUUCGAUACAUUCAAAAAGUAUUGUUUCGAUUCUUCAUUUGCUCGUUGCUCUGGCCCGUCAUUUCCGAGCUCCCAUACGUCUCCCCGAAAAUGUUUCUGUGAACGUUGUUAUCGUCAAGAAAAACACACCGACCCAACUAUCUCACCGGACUUUAAUCGAAACCAUAACGACUACUUAUGACGAUCUCGGCAUGAAAUGUGAACGUGACGCGUUUGAUGCGUUGUUCGACCAUGCACCGGACAAGCUCUUAGUUGUUAAGAAGUCACUUAUUACAUUUGUGAAUAAACAUUUGAGCAAAGUGAACUUAGAGGUAAUGGAUUUGGACACCCAGUUCCAUGACGGAGUAUACUUAUGUCUUUUAAUGGGCUUACUUGAAGAAUUCUUUGUACCUCUUUACGACUUUCAUUUAACACCUCAAGAUUUUGAUCAGAAAGUUCAUAAUGUAUCAUUUGCAUUUGAGCUUAUGCAAGAUGUUGGUCUGGGAAAGCCCAAAGCCAGGCCUGAAGAUAUCGUGAAUCUCGACCUCAAGUCAACCCUUCGAGUGCUUUACAAUCUGUUCACAAAAUAUAAAAAUAUGGCUUAAUUAUUUAUUAACCAUCAUUUGAUCCAUCGAAUGAUCAAAAAAUUAACAAGAGUGAUAACCAUUUAAUGUAUUAAUUUAAUACGAGUGCUAUACAUAAUAUAUUUUAAUUAUUUUUUAUAAUAGUGCCUUAAAAUAAAUAAUAUGACUA